UCUCGGCUCCAUUUUUCCCCAUCCCGACAUCGCAUCACCGCCUCUCUCUUUCCCCCCCCCCCCCCCCCCCCACCUCACCUGCGUCCUCGCCGCCAUCGCCGCCGCCGCCGUCGCAGCAUCGGGAUAUCCUCCCGCCGCGAGUUUGCUGAGCACAGUUGCUGAAUUUUAGGGUUAUCUGCUUCAAGCAUAAGUGGGCCAUUGCUUCUGGCUUUUACUGAACGUAACUCACUUGGCCAAAUGAAAUCCAUGGUAGUUGGUUAUUCUGAAGCAUAGAAUUGUUACUGCUUUGUGAACGAAUAACAUCUAUCUAUCUAGAGCACUGGAAGAUGGAUCAUAGAGAUACUUCUGGGUUUGUCAGUGGAGGUUGCAAAGAAUCAACGAACUGCAUCACCCUAGGAUUUCUAACUUUUUAGCUUUGUUAACCAUUAUUUAAUCUGGAAGUGAGGUUAUCUGGUACUUGGCAAAAAAAUUGGCUGUGUUUUGUCUCCUGAGAAAUUCUCUAGCAAUGGACCCCAGACUUGGGCGGUCAGCGUUUAUAAAUUUCUCAAAUCCAAAUGCCUAUGUGGGCAAGUUCCCUGUCAUCUCCACAGUCAGCCAUCCUACAGCUUCUAGUCAAAUUGAUGUGCUAGCUCAUUGCAGUUCAUACAACCUGCCUAGAGGGACCAAGAGAAAGUUUGAUGGCUUGUCACUAGGGCUGGGCAACUCAUCAAGCUCAGAAUCUAGCAAGCAAAGCAUGGGUACUGGCUGCACCAUAUCUUCUGCUAAGGGUAGUGAUGAUGGUUCUUCUAUUGAUUUGGAUUUGAAUCAUUUUACUCUGGGCAAUGAAGGUACUUCCAGGCUUGAUAAGCGGGCCUGUGAUUCUAGGAGGGCUUUGGAUAAGCCUGAAUUGAAUCUUGAGCUGUCUUUGUCAUCCCAGUCUGCUAUUACUGGUGCAGACUUCACUGCAGCGACUGAAUAUAAUAGCCCAAGUCUGCAGCCAUACUAUAUGGACUUAGUGCCAACAGUUGAUGAAGGAUCUACAUCUGCUCGCCGACCAUCUGGUUGUCAGGUACUGUCUUUCCUUAAUAAGACUGCAAAGAUGAGUGAAUUUUCUCCAAGGGAGGUUUUCCCAGGUAGCUCUAACCAGAGUCAAGGUCCGGCUCCAAUGCCAACAUUGCUUCAACUGCCAAAAAGUCCAGUAGCCUGUACUUCCGGUUUAUCUCGUCCACAACAGCGCAGCAGUAGCACAAAAAACUGUACAUACCCAGGAUGUAUGAAAGGAGCCAGAGGUUCUUCAGGGCGUUGCAUUGCUCAUGGUGGGGGUAGAAGGUGCCAAAAAGAUGGUUGUGACAAGGGGGCUGAGGGCAAGACAAUAUUUUGUAAGGCCCAUGGUGGGGGAAGGCGCUGCGAACACCUUGGAUGCACCAAGAGUGCUGAAGGUCGUACUGACUUCUGCAUAGCUCACGGUGGUGGCCGUCGUUGUAGCCAUGAAGGAUGCAAAAGAGCAGCAAGAGGGAAAUCUGGUCGCUGUAUUAAACAUGGUGGUGGCAAAAGGUGUCAACAUGCAGGCUGUACAAAGAGUGCAGAAGGGCGCUCAGGCUUGUGCAUUGCUCAUGGAGGUGGGCGCCGCUGUCAGCAAGAUGGUUGCGGAAAAGGAGCUCAGGGAAGUACCAACUUUUGCAAGGCGCAUGGUGGUGGGAAGAGAUGCACACACCCUGAUUGUAAAAAGGGUGCCGAGGGAAGUACAGCGUUUUGCAAGGGACAUGGAGGAGGCAAACGUUGUUCAGCUGAAGGUUGUACUAAGAGUGUGCAUGGCGGAACCCUUUGCUGUGUUGCCCAUGGAGGUGGGAAGAGGUGUGUGGUAGAAGGAUGCACAAAGAGUGCAAGAGGCCGUACUGACCGCUGUGUUGGCCAUGGCGGGGGCAAGAGAUGCCAAUCUUCUGGAUGUGAUAAGAGUGCACAGGGAAGCACUAACUUUUGCAAGGCACAUGGAGGCGGCAAGCGUUGCUUGUGGGGUCACGAAGGAUCUGACCAUGGAGCUGGUGACACUCCUUGUGAGCGCCUUGCAAGAGGCAAGAAUGGCCUGUGUGUUUAUCACAAUCCGCAGGUGGAUGAAAAUCGUGUCCAUGGGGGUUUCAGCGUUGUCAGCGAUGCACUUUCUCAGGGAGAUCGACCUUCAAACACUGAAACAAGCAGGUGCAGCAUUUUCUCGCAUCCUAUGGAGGCUCCUCGUCGUGUGGCAGCUCCAGCUGACGAGGGUCGGGUGCAUGGUGGCAACAUCCUGUCAAUGUUUGCAAAUGGCAUGAGUUUGGGGAAGCAUCCCGCCAACCAAGCAGAGGCUAGCACCUCUGCACCUCGCAACUCGAAAUCCACCAAUGGCAUGGUGACCGGUAACUCUGCGGUGCGGGGCAGCUGGCUGUAGAGCCUUGAACCGCCUUCUGCUCUCUCCAUUUCAGUAAGCAUAUGCUUCGAACCAUCUGACAAGUGCCUUCUCUUCUUAAUCCUUCGGGUGUGAAAACUAUGGUGUGAUUGUGUGAACUGUUGUGUCCUGAUUUGUUUAGCAGUGUUGUGAACUUGUGAUAUAUUAUUAAUCGUUUGUGCUUUGUAAAAUGUAAUAAUCACCUGUGUGAGAUAAAUAAAAGGGGGAAGGUUACACAUUAGAUGCUGAAUUUCAGGUCUUGUACUGAAGGUCUGCUGUCACCUCCAAAAUUUGUCCUGUGAUAGUCAUGUUCUAAUAAAUCUAUGUGACUGACAUGUUUGAAAUUA